GUACGCCGCCGACGACGUUCUCUCGGGCCAACUCAUCGGUCUUUUUGACACAGAAUAUGUUUGUUUUCCUUUCUUGAUUGUAAUGAACUGAAACUAAUCUAUUGCAAUAAUUUAGAUCUAGUGAAUAGAAAAUAUGGAGGUUUACUAUCUCAUAUUCAUUUUGAGUGUUUUCUGGCAUGGUUCAGAGGGUAUUAUGUGGAGCCUGGCUCCGAACACCCAAAAGUGUUUGAAAGAGGAGUUGCACGCGAAUGUCCUCGUGGCCGGAGAGUAUGAAGUCACAGAAGUUGCCGGCCAGAGAGUAGAUUACACUAUCCGUGACUCAAAAGGCCACAUCCUGUCACAGAAAGACUCAAUUACGAAGGGCAAGUUCACAUUUGUGACGGAAACUUAUGACACCUUUGAGGUGUGCUUCAUUUCUAAAGUGCCACCAGAACGCCGUAGCGUGAGCCAGGAUGUUCAUCUGGACAUCAAAGUUGGAAUUGAAGCCAAAAACUAUGAGGGUAUCGGUGAAGCCGCCAAGCUGAAGCCGAUGGAAGUGGAACUGAAGCGCCUCGAGGACCUGUCAGAAGCCAUCGUGCAGGACUUCACCCUGAUGAGGAAGCGGGAAGAGGAGAUGAGGGACACUAAUGAGUCAACAAACAACAGGGUGCUCUUCUUCAGCGUAUUCUCGAUGGUGUGCCUUCUGGGGCUGGCCACGUGGCAGGUACUCUACCUCCGCCGGUACUUCAAGGCCAAGAAGCUUAUUGAAUAGACUAUUAUUUAGAUUAGGGGUCUCUAGACUACAGCCCUCAGUACCGUAACAAGGAAAGAGGAGAGUUGGAGCAAUCUAACUCGGCGCUGACUUUUUACUUUUUAGUGACUGUGAAGAUACUGAAGAUAUCUAAACGUCAAAUUCCUAGGAAAAUAUACCCUGGCAAGACAUCAUGUCAAUAGAAAAAUUUCAUAUUCAAAAUUUGUAUGGGAGGUCGUCGCCAAUUCGGAAAAUCACAUAGGGUUUUUCCAAAUUGGCGUCUUUUUCUACUGACAAAGAUGCUCUGCCAGAGUAUAUUGGCGGCACUUCCACACUUUAUCUCUGUAAGAGUCAGUGUGGAGUUAGAUGGACUCCACUAUCCGACUUGCUAAAAGUAAACGGAUGGGUAGCCAUGGCUGGGCAAAAAGUUAAGAGAUCCCUUUAUGUAGGGCGGGUUGCACCUUCAACUUUAAAUAUGGCGGCGCCAACUAUCAUUCAAUACAGGACUGUCAAACUUUUCAUACAAACAAAAACGACGUUGGCAAGCUGGUGCAACUAGCCCCAAAUGGUGCGUCUCGUAUGCGAGAUUCGUAACUUUCAAGCGAUAUUUGAUCGGUCGAUUGAGUUUUGUACCUAGAAAAUAUAAGGCCGCGGAAUGAACGCUAGCGGCAAGUUAAGAAGUUCACACAGUCGCCAUCAGAUAUAUAGAAGCGGCCGAGGUGAUAAAAACAUCUGAACACGCACUCUAACGCCUUGGCAAUAGAGGCGUGUUCAGAUAUUUAUGAACACCUUGGCUGCUCGGAUAUAUCUGAUGGCGACUAUACAUUGCGCUCGACCAAAUGUAUGAACGGUCUUGAUUUGCCGCUCGCCGCUGACGCCCAGUCCGCAGCCUCACGGAGCUCGCAUGCGGCGUACCGUCUAAUUUAGCCUUAACGCCGGUAGGUGGCGUUGAUUAUUCGUUAACUUUAUUGCAAUGUUAUAGUCUGACAACAAAAAAAGAGUAGAAAUUAAAAAGUGGCAAUACUGUAGUGGGUCCCGUUUUCUUAUAUAGAUUGAUUUGAAAGGGAGGACUACAGUAUUCCCACUUUUUAAUUUCUACUCUUUUUUGUCAGACUACAAAGGCGUAAAAGACUUUCGCACCGCACCGCGACAUUGGUGCGGUGCGGUAGUCUGUUACGGCUAUGAUAAGGUUUACCAAUUAUCAAUGUUGCCAAUUUUUUUUAAGUCCAAAUUAGUUUGUAUUAUUUUUGUAUCCAAUCGCAGGCGACUUAUGACCAUCUCUCCCACACUGAUUUAGUGUGAAAAGGAUGAACUGAGAUUUCACGCCAAAAUUUGAGAUUUGGUUAUUCAUGUUAUCUCUUUCAGUCUUUUCUUCACUGGGACAGUGUGAGAGAGCCAGUAAUAAGGAUUCAAUUUACGAGUGAAUGCCACUUUAGUGGUGCGUUAUUUAGAACAGGAUAUUAUGGACUUUUUAUUAUUAGUAGAUCAAAUGUUACAUCACAGACUGCAGUUUAUUCGUUUUUGACAAAAUUCUAACCUCCAAAAACGUGAUUUUAGCUAAAAUGCUUAAUUUUAUUUAUUUUACCUCUUACCUUUUAAUAUCAUCCUAAUAUUAGUAAUACUUUAACCUUUUCGACGCCGUGUCAAACACAAAAACUGUCAUGCGGACCGAAGUGUCAAAAUUGAAAUUGAACUUUAUGCAUAUGCACGUAGGUCUAUGUUGCUCUGUGGUCUGUGACCGAUUAAUCGGUCUUUGGCGUUGAACCUGCGGUGCGGAUAUAUCGGUCAUUGGCGUCCAAAAGGUUAAAUGCAAAAGUAACUGUCUGUUAUCUCUUCACGUUUUUUAGAUCGCUAAACCGAUUUAGAUGAAAUUUGGUAUAUUAGUUUAUAGCCCUAGUUUGAGGCCCGGGAAGGAUAUAGGGUAGUUUUUAACAAUCAUCAUCAUCAUUCGACGCAGACGAAGUCGCGGGCAGACGCUAGUUAUUAUUAAAAAUAACAGUUUUCAUUUCAUUGCGCCUGUGAACGGGUUCCAGCAGGCGUUCUACAUGACAUUAAAGCUCUCCAAAGGGCCUCUACGUGUUGGAUCUAUACCCCCAUGUAAGCCUAUCAAAAGACCGGGAUUUAUAUGCGUAAAGACUAAAAAAAAAACUUUUGGGGUUAGAAUUUUGUAGACCAAAUUACGAAUUGACUAUAGUUUCUGUCUAUUGCAGUGUUAUAAAUGAUUUUUAUUUCGAUUCUUAACAAUAAUCAUUAUCAUUAUGUAAUUAAUUACUUUGUUGUAAACUUUGUAAAGAGUUGCGUUUAUGUCAAUGUGUUUCUAAGAAUGUAAAGAAGUUGUACGAAACUGAUAUA